CAGACAUUCUCCAAUUGUCGUGGAGGGGAAGCACGAUCUUGCAGCUCACCCAGAGGACCCUGACGAGUGGCAGACGGACACAUAAUCUGUACGUCUGUAGUGGCACGGGCAAAGCGCGAGAUAUCGGCAUUGGGCAGCAUCUCCAUGUCUCAUCGAGCCGGCGCUCGUCGGUUUUGAACCCACUUCAUCCCGCAUUGCAUCUCGUCAAUGACUUGAGCCAAUGCUACGCUCACGUGCAAUGAUUGCCCGCGCUCGAACGGGAAACCAAUGGCGGCGGCUGCCACAACGAUGCCAGCUGUGCACUGGCUGCGGUAGCACUCCCCUUGGUUCGAGGCGGCGUUGGGAAUUAGUCAACAAGCGCAAUGCUCUGUUGGGAUCCUGCCAUCUGAGCAUCUUCUAUGCUGGAGCUAGCCGCCGCGGCAUACACAUCCCUUCGAUUCUGCUGCCACCGGUAGUCUUCAGUGGACUGCUGAUUGCCUUAUGGGCCUGGAAGUGUGUGAUGAUGGUGGUCUUCCAAAACAAGAUCAUCUAUAUGCCGGGUCUGCCGCCAAACGCUCGCAGCGAACGUAUCGCGGAUUGGGCGAACCUAUGCGGGGCCAUCCAGUGGACUGAGGAGCGAACCGUCACUGGGGACGGGAAGGAGCUUGCCAUGGCCGUUACUACUAUCCCCUUGCCACAAGGAAGACCUACUGCACGUCCGGCCACCGUCAAGCAAGACAAUGCGCCGGCAGCACAUGUGUAUAUCCUCUAUUUCCAGGGGAACGCAUCCUCAAUACCGCCCCGUCUGCCUGACUUGUCUUGGGUCCUUCGAGCUGUUAGUGACAGCAAGACCCAUGCCUUGGCACCACUGCAGUUGACGUUGGUCUGUCUGAGUUAUAGGGGGUACUGGACCUCUCGUGGCCGGCCCUCGGAAGCGGGUCUCCGGCUUGAUGCCGAGGCCGGCGUGCGGUGGGUUGCCGAGCGGCAUGAACGCACAUUCGGCAAGCACGGCAGCACUAGGCCUAUCUUGCUUCUUUGGGGCCAGAGCAUUGGGUCAGGGGUCGCAACGAACCUUGCCUCAACUGGCCGGGUACCGUCCAGCAUGCCGAUCGCAGGUCUGCUUCUUGAGACCCCUUUCGUGUCAGUCAGAGCCAUGCUGGAGACACUGUAUCCCCAGAAAUGGUUACCGUACAAAUAUCUCUGGCCUUUCCUUCGAAAUCAUCUGGAUAGCUGGGCAAACCUCGGCCUGAUCGCCGAGUGUACCAGGAAAAAGGGGUUCCCAGCGCCCAUGGUCUACAUUCUUCAGGCUGAAAGGGACGAACUGGUGCCAAAGGAACAGAGCGAGCAUCUUUAUCAGAGGUGCUUGGACCUCGGCCUCCCCGUUGAGAGGGGCAUUGUGCCUGUGGCAUAUCACCAGCAAGCCAUUGCUAGAGGAGACGGGAAGAAAUUGGCUGCUCAGGCGAUCCUGAAACUAACUAUGAGAGCCCUGGAUAAUGGUUGAAGAUCUUUUUUGCAAAUUUUCUCUUGUGUUUCUCUUGGGGGAAGUCCAAAAGUGGUGUUGCCACUGUUGGUGGAUUUGUGUGAGGCCCCUGUCCAUCACCCUGGUAGCGGUCCGAUAAUAAGAGAGCUUCAGAAGCGGCUCGGCGCAAGGUCCCACAGGUGAAGGAUGCACCCGAGGAAAAGGAGGCAAGCUCAAGCCAUCACACCCAAUGGUGCCCUCACUCACGUCCCUCCGAGCAAGCCGCGUGGAAAGUUGAAAUACAUAUCGGAUUGCUUCUUUUGACAAAAGCGCCAUGGUGGGAUGGAUAGGUACGGGGUAUCCAUACUGUGUAGAUGGGCACGAUGGGCUUUCU